AUGUCGAGUUCUGACAUUAGCAACGUUAUUGAAGACGAUAAUGAGGACGAAGACGAUGACAAUGAAAAUGAGGAGGCGGAUGACAACGGAGACGGUGGCAGCAGCGACGAUGAUGUUUAUGACGGCGAUGAUGACGGAGAUGAUGAUGAUGAUGUUGACGACGAUAACGUCAAUGCCGCCGACGAAGGCGUCGACGAUGAUGAUGAAAAUGACAACGAUGAUUUUAUUCAGGGUGGUAAUUUUAUUGAUGAUAAUAAUUACUGUGAUAAUUACUGUGAAAAUGGCAGAAGAGUACACAUUCUUACACACGUUGUCAUAUGUUGCUACUCUGGGAUAUCGCUAUACAUUUAA